AUGGCAACCGAACUGUACAUUAUCGGUGGUCGAGGAGGCGCACCAUUUGAAUUCCACGGCAUGAACAACGGUGCCACCCUCAGGAAGAUCGGAGUGGCGGUGGGAGGCUGGCAGGUCAAAGCUGUGCGUGCGGAGCUGACCGACGGGCGCGUGGCAACCUUUGGAAAUGCGCACACUUUCAAUGAGUUUGAGUUCGACCUCGGCGAGCACAUCACCAAUCUGUCACUGUGGGGUAACGGCGCCGGCACACGUCUGGGUGCCAUCAAGUUCACGACGAGUAAGAACCGGCAGUUCUUUGAAAAAAUGACUAGCUGGCCCCUGAAGACUGAGUACACCAUAGAUGUGGGGUCCGGAAUCUGCCUGGGGCUGGAGGGGAGGUCUGGCUCGGAUAUCGACUGCAUGGGCUUCCUCUUCAUCAACCCCAUCAAGUCGUCCAUGCUGACCGACAUGGAGUAUCCCACCCUGUCCUUCCUCAAACCCCAGGUGAGCUCUGCUAUAGACGUGUGUAGAUGGUGUAUUGUCGAGUUAAUGUGGCUAAUUAUGCUGUAACAAAGGAGUCCGCUUAUACCGAGCUUUGAUCAUAGGUUUUAUUUAUAUCACAAGAUUUCAGCAUAAGUUUACAGAUGUCUAUAGCAUCCGGAGAACAGUGUCCCAAAAGAAUAUGUCUGCUCUGAUCUUCUUUGUUCAAACCCAGUACUUAUAAUCUUUCCCAAAAUAUGGGUGGUUCCCCAUACUGACCAAUCACCUGUCUCCAACAAACAGACUUCCUCUGUUCUAUGGGGUGUCACUCUAAAACGGCUCCCUCUGAAACUGAAUAAACAUCCUCUCAGGUUCCACUUAAAAACAUUAGCAAAGUCAUAAUUCUCCAUACACUACAAUGGCUAAGGAAAACUCUACCAAUGCUCAAACUUUAAGGGGGCUGUCCACUUUAAAACAUGUAAUCCAAUACGGGGGUCGACAAUCUUUGGUGCCUCAGGCAUCUCAUUUCUAGGACAGUCAUGUCUUUUGUUUAAAAUAGCCUCAACACCCAAAUGUUUUUUAUACCAUAUGCAUUUUUUAAAUCAGGCCAAGACGGCACACACACACAUAUUAGUUAUUAUCAUUGGCCUUCUAAAAAUCAAUUGAUCAGUUCCUCACUGAUGAUUAGUUCUUAAAUUGUCUUUGUCUUGUUUGAACAAUUUCUAUCUUUGUGUGUGUGUUGAUUUUAGGUGACCCCAGAAUAUGUGAAGUCCGUGUCUCUCCAAAACAACACGUCCUUGGUUCAAGAAGAGUCCAUUGAAUACAGCAAGACCGUGACUAAGACUUCCUCCUGGUCGGUCAGCAACAAGAUAGAGGCCACCUUGAACGUGUCGGUCAAAGCGGGGAUCCCGGAGCUGGUCGAGGUGUCAUCAGGGGUACAGCUUGACCGUGGGAGUGGAGCAUUCCACCAGUCUGCAGAAGACAGAGACCAUAACAGAAGCGGAUACAAUCCAACUGAAGAUCCCGCCAUGGAAGACCUUGGAUGUUGAAGUCACAGUGGGGAGAGCAAAUAUCGACCUCGACUACAGGGCCACAGUGAAAGUCACCUGCAUGAAUGGCAGCCAGCUGGUCUUCCCAUCCAACGGCACCUACAAUGGUGUGACUUACACUUCAGCGAAGGUAUCCAUAAAGGAGAGAGAGUCAAGUGUAUGA